UUAUUUUAGAUGUCAAUGUCCUAUGCGAUGUUCCGAUCUCAAAGAAGGGGAUUAGUUUCUCAGCGACUGCUGAUGUCGCUUCUGCUCCUCGCAGCCUGGGAGACGGGCAGCGGCCAGAUCCGCUACUCGGUCCCCGAGGAGGCCAAACACGGCACCUUCGUGGGCCGCAUCGCGCAGGACCUGGGGCUGGAGCUGGCCGAGCUGGUGCCCCGCCUGUUCCGCCUGGCGUCCAAGGGCCGCGGGGACCUUCUGGAGGUAAACCUGCAGAAUGGCAUUCUGUUUGUGAAUUCUCGGAUCGACCGCGAGGAGCUGUGCGGGCGGAGCGCGGAGUGCAGCCUGCACCUGGAGGUGAUCGUGGACAGGCCGCUGCAGGUGUUCCACGUGGAGGUGGAGGUGAGGGACAUUAACGACAACCCGCCUGUGUUCUCUCUCAGAGAACAAAAGCUGUUGAUAUCGGAAUCUAAGCAACCCGAUUCUCAUUUUCCUCUAGAGGGAGCUUCUGAUGCGGACAUAGGAGAGAAUGCUCAGUUGACCUACAAACUAAGUCAAAAUGAGUAUUUUUCUUUGGAAUUACCAACAAGUAUCAAGCCAAGUAAAAGACUAUCACUUACAUUAAAGAAGUCUCUGGAUAGAGAGAAAACUCCUGAACUCAGUUUGCUACUGACUGCUGCGGAUGGGGGCAAACCGGCGCUCACAGGCACCGUUCAGCUCUUUGUCGGUGUCUUGGAUAUUAACGACAAUGACCCGGAAUUUGAUCAAUCAGAAUACAAGGUAAGACUGAUGGAAAACGCAGUUAAAGAAACUUUUGUGAUAAAGGUAAAUGCUACAGAUCGAGAUGAAGGCGUCAAUGGAGAGGUAACAUACUCCUUGAGGUCGAUUAAGCCCAGUGGAAAACAGUUAUUUACACUGGAUGAAAAUAAUGGAGAAGUGAGGGUCAAUGGAACUUUAGAUUAUGAAGAAAACAAGUUUUAUGAAAUUGAAGUAGAGGCCACAGAUAAGGGGAAUCCUCCAAUGGCAGGUCACUGUACAAUCUGGAUAGAAAUCUUAGACGCCAAUGACAAUGCUCCUGAAAUCACCGUGACUUCUUUGUCUCUCCCACUGCCAGAGGACACGGAGCCUAAUACAGUCAUUGCGCUUAUCAGUGUGUCAGACCAAGACUCCGGGGCCAAUGGACAGGUGACUUGCUCUGUAACACCCAACGUCCCCUUCAAGCUGGUGUCCACCUUCAAGAACUACUAUUCGCUGGUGCUGGACAGCGCCCUGGACCGCGAGAGCGUGCCGAGCUACGGGGUGGUGGUGACCGCGCGCGACGGGGGCUCGCCUCCGCUGUCGGCCACGGCCAGCGUGUGGGUGGAGGUGGCCGACGUGAACGACAACGCGCCCGCGUUCGCGCAGCCCGAGCACACGGUGUUCGUGAGGGAGAACAACGCGCCCGGCCGCCACAUCUGCACGCUGUCGGCGCGCGACCCCGACGCGCAGGAGAACGCGCGGGUGUCCUACUCGCUGGUGGAGCGGCGGGUGGGCGAGCGCGCGCUGUCGAGCUACGUGUCGGUGCACGCGGAGAGCGGCCGGGUGUUCGCGCUGCAGCCGCUGGACCACGAGGAGCUGGAGCUGCUGCAGUUCCAGGUGAGCGCGCGCGACGCGGGCGUGCCGCCUCUGGGCAGCAACGUGACGCUGCAGGUGUUCGUGCUGGACGAGAACGACAACGCGCCCGCGCUGCUGCCGGGCGGCGCGGGCGAGCUGGUGCCGCGCUCGCUGGGCGCGGGCCACGUGGUGGCCAAGGUGCGCGCGGUGGACGCGGACUCGGGCUACAACGCGUGGCUGUCGUACGAGCUGCUGCAGCCGGCGGCGGCGGCGGCGGCGGGCGGCGCGCGCGGCCCGUUCCGCGUGGGGCUGUACACGGGCGAGAUCAGCACGACGCGCGCCCUGGACGAGGCGGACGCGCCGCGCCAGCGCCUGCUGGUGCUGGUGAAGGACCACGGCGAGCCGGCGCUCACGGCCACGGCCACGGUGCUGCUGUCGCUGGUGGAGAGCGGGCUGGCGCCCCGCGCGUCGUCGCGCGCGCCCGAGGGCGCGGCGGGCGCGCCGACGGCGCUGCUGGACGUGAACGUGUACCUGAUCGUCGCCAUCUGCGCCGUGUCCAGCCUGCUGGUGCUGACGCUGCUGCUGUACGUGGCGCUGCGCUGCGCGGCGCCGCCGGGCGAGGGCGCGGGCGCGGGCGCGGCCGGGAAGCCGGCGCUGGUGUGCGCCAGCGCGGUGGGGAGCUGGUCGUGCUCGCAGCAGCGGCGGCAGAGGGUGUGCUCCGGGGAGGGCCCGCCCAAGACCGACCUCAUGGCCUUCAGCCCUGGUGUUUCACAGACGGAAGAGUCUCUACAUUCUUCCAGUGAAGUAAGUCAUUGA